UCCCAUCGCAACCUUCUCCACCUGCUACCAUCCGUGCUCCCCACUAUCCAAUCCUCGAGCGUUCCCUCCUCGAAGCGCCCUGAGCCUAAAAGCCCAGCGCUUCGCCCAUUGCUAGACCUCGUCUUUUCUCCAGCAGGUCUCUCAUUGUAAUACGUCGUGCGUCUUUUAUUAUUUGUCUCUCUUAACCUCUUGCGACUGGUCUAAGCUGGCCUGGAUUCUGGUCGUUGUCGUCCUGUCUUACAUUUCUACCUUUCUCUCCCGUCUCCACUACAUGAAAGCCUCCAGCUUCCUCGAGUGAACUUUGGAUUCUUUUAGAAUGGCCGCCAACGAUAAGAAGAUUACCCAGAUCACGAUUGAACGACGAAGCUCCAAAGACUCCCUCGACGUCAGGACUCCACGCGCAGCACGCUUCGCCGAAGCAACAUCAGUCUACUCGCCGGUUGAUCCUCCUCGGUCGCCCAUCGAGUACCCAACCAACCACUACAAGCCACAACCCCAGAUCGCAGACACAGGCUUCGGCUACAUGCAAUCCGUCGAGAUGGAGGAAACCGAUCGGAGGUACCUUCCUCCACCAACACCAAAGACUCCACUCAAGAGUGCAUUGAAGUCGCCUGGCGCUCCGCCCCGGACGCCGGCCGGCGCAAUGUCAAUCAUGAGCCCUACCUUCCGGGAAGAGCAUCAGCUUGAGAAGCGCGAAGCAAUGACCGACAAGGAGCAAGCAAAGGAUUUGAAAAUUAAGGUUCGCGUUCGACUAGCAAAGAUCUUCCUACGGGGCAUCAACUUUGCCUGCUCGCUCAUCGUCCUUGCCAUGGUCGCCAGUGCCUUCGCCAUCUUCAACGCCACAAAGAACCUCGCACCAAGGAACAACCUUCCACCAUGGGCCGACAACACCAAGGUCUGGCCUCAAAUUCUUCUGCUAUCCAUCGCCUGCGUCUCCCUCGUCAUGUCUAUCUUUGUCAUCAUCGCCUACUGGAGAGGAGGUCACCAUCGAGCUGAAAAGGUUGCUGCAUACUACACUGUCUUUGCUGUUGGAUUCUUCAUCUUCAGCAUCGUCAUGUGGGGUGUCGGUGCAGCGGUAUUCAACCAGAGCAAAGCGCAGAACAACAACAAAGACAUGUGGGGUUGGUCCUGCGUUGACAACAAGCGACGACAUCUCUUCGAGGACGAUAUCGCCUACGGCCUUGUCUGCCGUCUUCAGAACUGGGCCCUCGUUUGCUGCAUCAUCGAAGUCGUAAUCGAAGUUCUAGUCAUUGCCAUCUACGGCAUCGUCUUCUACCGUUUCUGGUCUAAGCGCAAGCUCCGCAAGUCCAUGGCCAUGCGCGACCGUGCCCGUUCCGACCUCUACCUCGCCCAGCUUCGCUCGCAAUCCGCACCCAACACCCCUGGCUUUGGUCCCAUGUCUCCCCGCUCCGGCGGCUGGCGCCCACCUCCAGGUCACCCAAUGUACGUUGACCCGCACUCUGCCGCUGAGGCUGGCGAGAGCGACAAGGUCCAAUACGCCUACGCUCGCGAGAUUGCUCAGCCCCAACCAUUCACCCUCCAGGCACCGCCUAUCAAGGUCACUGGUGCGACACCCAAGAUCGAGCAAGACGGCUUCGACUCUGCACCCACGCGGACAGGCACCGUAUCCCCACCACUGCCAUCUCCAGGCUUCCAAGAAAGGAGGAACGAGCACGUUGCUGCUGCGCCGGGUGAACAGCAGUAUGCUGCAGUUCCCAUCCCCGGUGCUUACACACCGCUAGCAUCACCCUCAUACCCACCCCCACAACAGCAACAACCCACAGGCUUUGACUUUGGCUCUUCGGUGACCGGUCAGCGAUAAAGCCAUUGAGUUUGUUGCUUGAACGUGUGUUGUACUGUGGAUUUAGCGCGCAUCGUCACCUCUCCUUUCUCUUCUCAAUCAAUCUGGAAUCUGGUUGCAUGGUUUUCGCACAACGAUAUCAGGAAAUGUACAUUCUUCCACCCUUUUAAAGCGAGGCCUCGGCCGGGCUUUGUUUGUUUCCUUUGUCUGCCUCUCCGUCUAUCGCUAAUCGGUGUUCUGGGAUUGGGAAUGUUUUUAAGAUACCUUUGAAGUAAGAGCACCUCUUCACUACGCCUCUCGUUGUAUAUGACAUGAGGGAUACGGGGUUGCUACAACAGAACAGAACAGAAUCAGAUCUAUUGUGGUCUUUGAGAAUGCCAGAUGAAAUACAAAGAUCUUACCUUUCAAAACUUAAAUUUCCUCAUGCUUACGU